CGGUACCGUACUGUAAUUAUCUUCACGAAAACAUUAUCCAUUACAAAACCUCACUUCCUUAGUGUCGUAAUUCCAAAGGAGUAAACGUCGAUCAUGUCAUCUUCUUCUCGAUUCGCUCGCACAAUGGGUCGCCAUCUUUUGGCAUCUACAUUACGAACAAAGACCGCUUCCCCACAGCUUGGAGCUAUCCGACUCUCGAGCUACUAUACGCCUGGUAGGUAUUAGGCAGGUGUCAAAAGCAUUUCGACUUUCUUCCAUUCCAUCAUGCUAAAUAUGAUUUUCGAUAUUGUUUGUCUGCUUCUCUUUUGUACUAGCUCAUGAAUACAUCAAGGUAGAGGGAAAUAUCGGAACUUGCGGAAUCACCGAUUUCGCUCAGAGUGCACUUGGUGACAUCGUCUUUGUGGACUUGCCAGCUGUAGGAGACGAGUUCGACGCAGGAGACUCGUUUGGAAGCGUUGAAUCUGUAAAGGCUGCUUCAGAUGUGUACGCCCCUGCCUCCGGUACAAUUAUUGAAGUCAAUGAGAAUCUGGAGGACUCACCAGAGCUUGUGAACUCAUCCGCAGAAGAUACAGCAUGGUUUGUUAAAAUCGAAAUGAAGGAUACAAGCGAGGUUAAUGAUUUGAUGGAUUCUACUGCGUACGAGGAACAUUGCGAAUCGGAGGCAUAGAUCGCAUUCCAUUGGUUUAUUGCACUCAGAUUGCUUAGUAAUAGCAUAUUCAUGGWAUUGCAGACUAAGUUUUAAAAAUAUUGGCUYAUGUCCUGAACCUACCAKAAUCUCUCCAUUCAAUACCAGAUCCAAGAUGCAGUCCACCGUCUUGGACACUUUUCUUGUGCAAUGCAUUUCUCUCUUCAUCUUUUGAGGUCGAUUCUUUGAGACCGAAACGAUUCUUAACAUUGUGGUUUGACGAUAUACACCUCCCUGGUCUCUGAUUAUAAGUUUGUCGACAGUUGAAGCAAUACCAGUUUUUCGUCAUGCGCUGUUCAGCAUUUUGAUGUUUUUUCUUGUUCCGCGACUCAUUGGAGGCCUCGAGUUUUUCCAGUUCAAGUAACUUGCGACGAUUUUUGACGUACUCAUCCGCGGCGACUUCGUUGGCAAAUCUGCUUUUCGCACUCCGAACUUUAUCCUCGUCUACCGCUCCGCCCAUAGCAGCAAGGAAUGCAUCAACUUCACAAUUGUCGCUCUUCCUCCCUUUCUCGGACGUGACACCCUUGCGACAUCGGCUUGAUUGCUUUACGUUUGAUGAGUUUACCAGAGCACUGGAUAGGCCCGAACUUUUCUCUUUCGUCGUACUUUCUUGCAGUCGUUGUGCAACCUCUGCUUGUUGUUGCCGAAGUUGUUUUGUUCGAUCAGAUUCGUUUAUAGGUGUAACCAUUCUUUUCGCAGGUAUUUCCUGUAUUGAAGCGGAUUGCUGAAAUAAUAUUUUAUUCUCUUUUGGAACGAAUACCGUACCAUCAUAGCCCAACCCUACAGUAUUGAUCGAAGCAGUUUUUCUGUUGCGAUUCGCAGGAGUGACAAAACUGGCAUUACCAGCUGUUGAAGUACGACGCUUUUCUUGAAAUUGAGAAAGUGAGAAUCCACGACGACCGCCUCCCAUGUGCAAAGGACCUCGCUUUUUGGUCGCGGCAGCUGCCUCUUCCAUCCAAUUUGUUCGUGAAACAGAAGUCUUAGAGCGAGUGCGACUGGGAUCAGCGGGGUGCUCAUUGGCUGAAACAGAGUAGACAGUGCUACCCGCCCUUCUAUUCUCGUGGUCAAAAGACUCCAACUUCGUAGUCCCUCUGAUACGUCUAUCUUUUCCUUUGCUUGUUGCUGAUUUUGGUAAAAACUUAUUUGGGAGCUGUCUUGUCAUGUGCUUUGGUAUAUUUCCACAAUUACCACCGAUAGAUGGCAUUACGCUGCCGCUACCUGUGUUGCUACAUGGUUUCGCUUGUAAUAUUCUCGAGCGAUCGUUGUUAAACGAGGUGUGGUUCAGAAACCGAUUUGGUUUCGUGCUCGUAUUCGACCCUAUCAAAUUUCCUCUGCGAGCAGGAGUGGCAACAACCAUCGGAGCAGUUUCCUGAUGGAUAGCUCGCAGUUGUUGAAACUUGUUUGGUCCUUGUCUCAUUCCACUCUGUCGAUUCUUUCGGUGAUAUUCACAGUAUUCGGAUAUUUCUCUGUUGACGUAAUGCUUACAUGGCUUGCCGGCAAUUACUGCCCAUUUUCCAUCACUUUGUUUGACACGAGAAGAGGUCGUAGCUUUGCAGAUUCCAUAGUCUCUAGCAUUUGCUACAAUUUUUAUUUGGCUAGCAUUGUAAACAGAAAAGGAGACAGUAUUGCUGUUGCUUUCUCGAUUGUCGCCGUCUCUUCGAUUCGCUGGUAGGAGAGUCGGAGAUAACAGUGCGAUUACUUUUCCUUGCUUGCAGGAAGUACAGUACUUCCCAUAGGCCUCUCCAAAUAAAAAGAUCGUCAGGCAAGGACCCGAAUUCAAGUUACCAAUCGUCAAUACAGAAAAUGCACCUCCGUUGCUGCUGAUGCGGGUUCCAGUGUUUGAGAAGACGAUACCAAUGGUAACUAGGCUCUCGGUUUUACCAGCUACUGUUGCAGCGUCGAUGAUCCGCGUAGGAUCCUGUAAUAGCAAGUUCAAGUGU